AUGAUUCCAAUCAAGGCUGCUGCUCUAGCUAUACUUUUCGCCAGCCCAGUGCUUUCCGGACCAGUUCAAUCCAGACAAGCCUCUGAGAGCAUUGAUGCCGUUUUCAAGGCUCACGAGAAAAAAUAUCUGGGAAGUAUUGGUGACCAGUACACCUUCGACAAGAACGCAAAGACCCCGGCAAUCAUCAAGGCCAACUUCGGUCAACUGACUCCGGAGAAUAGUAUGAAGUGGGAUGCUACUGAGCCAACUCAAGGGAAGUUCACCUUCACAGGGUCGGACUAUCUGGUUGACUUUGCCCAGUCAAAUGAGAAACUGAUCCGUGGCCAUACUCUCGUGUGGCACUCCCAGCUCCCAGAUUGGGUCACUUCUAUCUCAGACAAAACGACCCUAAUCGAUGUCAUGAAGAAUCACAUUACCACGAUGGUGACCCGUUACAAGGGCAAAAUAUACGCCUGGGACGUUGUGAAUGAAAUUUUCAACGAGGAUGGUUCCCUUCGUGAUAGUGUCUUCUACAAAGUUAUCGGUGAGGACUAUGUGCGGAUCGCUUUCGAAACAGCCCGUGCUGCAGACCCAAGUGCAAAGCUCUAUAUCAAUGACUAUAACUUGGAUUCUGCCUCUUAUCCCAAAGUGAGCGGUAUGGUUACCCAUGUCAAGAAAUGGAUUGCUGCUGGUGUCCCAAUCGACGGAAUCGGCUCUCAAACCCACUUAAGUGCCGGUGGCGCUCUUGAUGCUCUUGCCAGUGCAGGAACGGAAGAGAUCGCUGUCACUGAGCUUGAUAUUGCUGGCGCCAGCUCUACUGACUACGUCGAUGUUGCCAAUGCUUGUCUGAACCAGCCAAAGUGUAUCGGAAUCACAGUUUGGGGAGUUGCUGACCCAGAUUCGUGGCGCUCUGAGUCGAGCCCAUUACUUUUUGACGGGAACUACAGCCCAAAGCCUGCAUAUAACGCUAUCGCAGCCCUCUAG